CCCAAAUGUACAUAUAAUAGUUAUCAAUGUCAACACAUUCACACUCUGAAGUAUAUAAUAGAAUAUGAUAAUUUGUUACUCCCUGCGUUGUUGUGCGUAUUACCUAGAUGAUAACAUAAGCACAUGAUAACAGGGGCAGAGCCAGGGGGUGGGGGGGUUAGUAGACCCCUUGAUAGUUUGAGAAUAAAGGGCAUUGUAAUAUCUUCGAUAUGAUAUAUUACAUCUCUCGUAACUCAUUAUGAAUAAAAAAAUUAUGACCUUGGCUGUUGAAUGUUGGCGUUGCCUUAAGUGGUGUUGCUACUUCUUGUAUAUGGUUUAAUUUUAUAACUAUAAAUGACUAGUUUUAUUCUAGUACUCGAUCAUUUAUAGUUAUAAAAUAAAAUCACACAUGAGAAGUAUAAAGAAUACCCAUAUUCUGUAGGUGGUGUGGGAGGUCGUUCAUGAUUCUUCUGUUUCUUUCUUCUUUUCAUUCAUGACAUAUCUCUUUGAAUAUUUAUUGAUGAUUUGAUUUAGAAUGGAUGCUUUUUUACAGUGGGUUGAAUUUGAUUUUUCAUACUGUUGGAGGUAUUGGUCCUACCAAGGCCUCCCUUCCACUUUAUUAUUGACUUGCACCCCAUGUUUACUCCCACUUUGGCACCUCUUUAUUUGAAUCUCUCCUAACCAAUAAUAUGGUCAUUUUGACUUAUGUGGAGUGACCCCUUUGAGCUGUCCUAUGCUGCCCUCCUUGUCUUUGCAUCACAUGUGAGUGUCCUUGUGUCUACCAGCCUAUUAUUUAGUAGCUUUGCUUCUCCCUUGUUGAGGCAGCCUGCGUGAAUUAUAGAGAGAGCAGUGCCCUUCUUCUUCUUCUCCAUUUCCUUUGUGUGAGAGUGUGAGAGAGAAUACCUUAGUGGUAGAGAAGAAGCUUGGAGUUGUGUUGUGGUCUAGCCUAGGGUGGUGUGUGAGAGUAUAGCAAAAGGGUUGGAGACCUGAGCCGGAAAGAAAUCGACACCCAACAGUGGUAUCAGAGCCUGGUUGCCGUCCGCCGCCGCCCGCCGCCGUCCGCCGCCGCCCGCCGCUAUCCGCCGUCGGCCGCCGUCCACCGCCGAUUCAAGGUCUGGGAAGUCGUGACCGUCGAUUCAACGUCCAUGGAGGUGUCCUGGAGCAUUGCCGCUGCCUGAACCUCCACUUGCCGUCGCAGGUACAUAGCUCGCCCAAAGUCGCCGGGCUUGAGCUGGAUCUGGACGGGAGCUACCGAAGCUGGAGCUUGAAGCUAUCUCCCUGAACGCUGCUACAAAAAUCGCUGGAGCAGAGGCAGACUCCUGGACGAAGCUGGUGGGGAAAUAGGAGCCCAUCCCGUUCGUAGAGCUGAAUCCGCCAUUGACGCUGGAAGCUCGCCGCAUCAGAAAUUUGCUCGCCGGAAUCAGCCACCGACGUCGCCGGAGAUAGGCGCUUGUCUUCACCAGUAAACGCCAUCCACCGUCCGUCUGGAACUCGUCACCGGAGGUUGAUUGGGGCUGGAUACUUCAGAAUUGACUGGAGAAUCUCCGCCGGAGCCAUUGCCGAGCCGCCGUCGCCAUCCGCGCUGGAAUCUGCAGUAGGAACCACCAUCGCCGGGAAGCUCUCGUCGUCUGCCAUCCCUUCGUCGUUGCUACUGUUCAUCUGCGCUGGGCGAGCUGGACGCUGUAGCUGGACGCUGUAGCUUGAACGUUGAAGACGCUACAGGUGAAUCUCUCGCGCAGAGGCACAGUUGGUAUCGUUGGUCGCAGAAAGCCUGGAAAAUUGAGACUUGAAGCUUAAGGCUGCAGUGCUGGACGAGAUUGACUAGAAGCAGGAGCUGGACCUGGACUGGUUUUGGGCUGGACUGCUAGAAUUGGGCUGGACGGAUGCUAAAGCUGUUGAAGCCUGUAGGCUUGAGGCAAAUUAUAAGGAGCUGUACGCUUGAGGAUUUGGAGUAGCGACAGGUCGCAGAAGCUGAUUCCAAAGGCUGGUCAAACCUGGUCAACGGGCAGUCAAGCAAGUCAACAGUCCAAAAAUCCCAAUUUUAAUUGGGUGGGUAAGGUCGAAACGCCUCUCCUAGGGUUUCGCUCUGGUAUAUUGACUUUUAUCCCUUUAUCGCUUUUGUAGUGAUUUAGUCUUUUAUUGUGUAGAAAUCUGUUUUAGGUUUAGAAAACUGCUUUUAAAAUUGAUUGAAUUGUUGUAUUGUUCUGUGCUGAAAAUUUAUUAUUUAUUUGUGCUUAUACGGAAGAACAAGGGGUUUGAACUUGAGUUUGGUGCUCAUUAAUACUCCCCACGUGUUCGUGCUAGUUGCUCCGUAUAGUUGUAGCCUUAUAAAUAUUUAAUUUGUUCUCAGCGAAAUUUACAUUUUUCUUUUGUUGCUUAUUUUUCUCUGUGAAAAUGUCUGCUUAUAAUCAGUAUGGUAUGGCUCCAUUUCAUGGAAAAUCUGAUUUUAGCAUUUGGAAGCAAAAAAUUAAAUGUAUUUUAAUACAACAAAAAUGUUUUAAAGCAGUUGGCGAAACCUAUUUAAUUUCUGACACAGAAGAGAAAAGGGCUGAAAUGAAUGAAAAUGCAUGUUCUGUGAUUUAUUUGAACUUAUCUGACUCUGUGAUUAGAAAAGUUGGAAUUUUAGAGAGUGCUAAAAUUCUGUGGGAUAAAUUGAAUGAACUGUAUACUGAGACCUCUUUGCCUAACCGGAUAUUUUUACUUGAGAAAUUCUUCAAAUUUAGACUAGAUAUGUCUAUAGAUAUUGAAGAAAAUCUAGAUGUUUUUACCAAACUUAUUUCGGAUAUUAAGUUGUGUGGUGAUAAGCAUAUAGAUGAUUAUUCCCCUAUUGCUCUUUUAAAUGCUAUUCCUGAUUCCUUUAGUGAUGUGAAAUCUGCUAUUAAGUAUGGUAGAGAUAAUGUGACUCUUGACAUUGUGGUAAAUGGUCUUAAGAGUAAGGAAUUAGAUUUAAAACAGAUGGGUAAGGGUAGAAAAUCCGAGGAAGUUAUGCAUGUGAGGGGUAGAGAAAAUAAUAGUAGACGACAUAGAUCUAAGUCUAGGUCUAAUUCGAGACGUUGCUAUAAUUGUCAUGAACCUGGUCAUUUCAUAAGAGACUGUCCUAAAUCUAGGAAAAAUGAGCAUAGUGAGCAUGCUAAUUUGACUACGUGUGAAGAUGAUUUAGGUGAUGUUUUUAUGACAAAUCUAUGUGAUUAUGACUACUUGAGUUCUGUGAUAUCUGAUUCUUUGGAUAAAUCAGAUUGGGUGGUAGAUUCUGGUUGUACUUUUCAUAUGUCCCCUUUGAAAAAUGUUUUUACAAACUAUAGAGAGAUUGAGCAUGGCUUUGUGUCUUUAGCAAAUGAGAAGGAAUGCAAUGUGCUAGGAAUAGGAGAUGUAUGCCUUAGGUUUUCUUCUGGUUAUGUGCUUACUUUGAAGAAUGUUAGGCAUGUUCCUGAGCUGUGUUGUAAUUUGCUAUCUUGUGCUUCUCUUGAAAAUGAGGGUUUGAAGGGAAAAUGGGGAAAGGGAAUCAUGAAAGUUGUGAAGGGUUGUUUAGUUGUUUUCAAAGCUGAGAUGAAAAACAACUUGUAUGUUUGUCAUGCUGAACCCGUACUUGAUUCUGUGAAUUGUGUGCAACCCUGUGUGCUAGGAAAACAGUCUAGAGUUGGUUUUCCUGAUCUGCCUAAGUGUACUAAUGUGCUUGAUUGUAUUCAUGCUGACUUGUGGGGUCCUUAUAGUGUUUCCACUCAUGGUGGGAAAAAUUAUUUUCUGACGUUGAUUGAUGAUUUUUCAAAGAAAGUGUGGGUUUUGUUGAUUGAGAAUAAAUCUGAAGUUUUUGAUAAGUUUAAAAACUGGAAAACCCUUGUUGAAAAACAAACCGGUAAGAAAAUUAAUUUUUUAAGGACCACUGUCAGUUUUGAUUUCUGUGAUAGUCAGCUUGGUGAUUUAUGUGAUACUUGGGGUAUUUCUAUGCAUAAAUCUGUUCCCUCCACACCCCAACCGGAUGGGGUUGCUGAGAGGAUGGUUAGAACUUUAUUAGAGAGGGUGAGGGCUAUGUUAGCUUCAUCUGGGCUCUCUAAUAAGUUCUGGGGGGAAGCUAUUUGUUAUGCUGUUGAUUUGGUUAAUCUGUCCCCGUCUGUUCCCUUAGGAGGAAAAUGCCCUGAAUCUGUGUUCAUGGGCAAACCGCUUGACUUGCCAAAUUUGAGAGUGUUUGGUUGUGCUGCUUAUGUGAAUCGUGUGAAUGAUAAAUCUGAACCUAGGACUAAGGAAUAUGUUUUCUUAGGAUUUCAUGAUUGCAUGAAAGGUUAUAGGCUUUGGUGUAGGAGUGAAACUUGCUUCAAUGUGUUGAUGAGUAGAAAUGUCAUUUUUGUUGAAAAUGAAUUUCCUUGCCUGCUUGUUUCUCCUGAUGUUGCUCCAAAUGAGGUGGAGCAUUUGCCUGUUGAAGUUCAUUCCGAUUUACUUGUUGAAACCAAACCCAAAUUUGUGAAUGAAAAUGUUUUUCAUGGUGAAAAUAAAGUAAAUAAUAUUUCUAUUAAGGUGGAGCAUGAUAUGAAUGUUGUGUGCAAUAUGCUUGAGUUGCGUGAUUGCCCUGUUAUUAGAGAUAGAGACAUUAGGGAGCAUGAGAGAAAUAAUAUGUCCAAUGUGUUUGACUAUAUUUUCUCCGAGUUUGCUUUAAAUGUGCUUAAUUCUCUUUUAAUUAAAAUCUUUGUGAUAUUUGGUAUGCUAUUUUCUUUGUGUUUUGAAAAUGUGAUACCAUGUGAUUAUGUGAGCUCCGCCUGUGCUAGUUAUAGAAAUACUAUUGUUUCUUUUAUUUUCUGUGUACUUGCUUUGUGUGGUUGUUGGAUUAGUUGGAAUCCCCAACUUCUCCUGGAUGCUUGCUUGCGUGGUCUAUUAACAUGUGUUGUGCUUGUUAAUAGUUUUGUGAUGGUUUUGGUUUCUGAACUCGAGGACCGAUUGGUAGAGUUCAGUCCAUCGUAAAGUGGGUUUGCACGGUAAGCUUGGUCCGAAAGGGAACUUUGGUUCUCAUCUAUUACUUGUAUGAUCGCAAUGAUGUACUUGUAAUGGUCCGGCGAUGAUGAGUCUCCUCACAACUUUGUAUUGCUACUCUACACCACCUAGGACCAAUAAGGUGGAGAAUGUUGGAGGUAUUGGUCCUACCAAGGCCUCCCUUCCACUUUAUUAUUGACUUGCACCCCAUGUUUACUCCCACUUUGGCACCUCUUUAUUUGAAUCUCUCCUAACCAAUAAUAUGGUCAUUUUGACUUAUGUGGAGUGACCCCUUUGAGCUGUCCUAUGCUGCCCUCCUUGUCUUUGCAUCACAUGUGAGUGUCCUUGUGUCUACCAGCCUAUUAUUUAGUAGCUUUGCUUCUCCCUUGUUGAGGCAGCCUGCGUGAAUUAUAGAGAGAGCAGUGCCCUUCUUCUUCUUCUCCAUUUCCUUUGUGUGAGAGUGUGAGAGAGAAUACCUUAGUGGUAGAGAAGAAGCUUGGAGUUGUGUUGUGGUCUAGCCUAGGGUGGUGUGUGAGAGUAUAGCAAAAGGGUUGGAGACCUGAGCCGGAAAGAAAUCGACACCCAACACAUACCACAACAUUUUUCUUCUUCACAUUUGAGUCAGAUGUUUUGGGCCUUUUGGCAGACUGAAUUAAACGUUCAUUGUUUCUACUGCUAUUUCGUGCUAAUUCUUUUGAUUCUAUCCAAUUAUUCGACCUACUUAAAACGGUGCUUAGAGUUCGAAUUGACAUAUUUAAGUUUUCCACAAACAAAUGCUCAAGUGACAAUAUAAGCAAAUAUGAGCUUUAAUUUCUCAGAUAAAACUACAAGAUCUCCUAUGAUAUUGUUUAGUAAAUUAAUUCUUUGACGGACACCUUUGUAAUGUAACACGCAUUUUCAAACCACAAUUUCCUCUAUUGUGCCCUCACAUGCAAAAGUUGCCUAUGGUGAUAAGGCUUGUUAUCAGCAUUCACCGGGUACAUAUGAGGGCCACCAUUUCUCGACAAAACAAAUUCUUCUUCUUCUAAGAGGCCUUGGAUAGGUGACCCGUCACUAUGAUUUAAUUCCACAUCCUGAUUUCUAGACUUAUCCUCCAGGCCUUCAAUAAACCCGGCUUGCAAUAAAAGGAUAAUCUAUAGCUCCGAUUUGCACGACACAAAGCAGACAACCAGCAAGUAAAUGUGACAACUCAAUCCUAUUAGGAACCAAUCAUUCAAGAAUGUUCCAAGCCAUAUACGGGAGCCACAAUUGGGAUCCAAUCGUGUAUUUCGAGCACCCAGUUUCUCAUGGUUCUUUGGCGGACACCUUUGUAAUGCAACCGGCUUUUCCAACCACCCUUUCCUCUAUUGUGCCCCUUGUUGGUGGUGCCUCAUAUAAUUUAGGUGUUAUGGGUCCAGCCCAUAUAAUGUAGGUGUUAUGGGUCCAGCCCAUACAAUGUAGGUGUUAUGGGUCCAGCCCAUAUAAUGUAGGUGUUACAGGUUUUUGUUGUUUAUGUUUGGGCCUUUUUGAUGGAUUCUUAUCUCCUAUUUUUGGGUCCAUUUAAUUUUUAGCUUUGGGCUUCUAAGACAAAUUUUUUGGAGUCCCUUUUGAUGAAAAAUAUCAGGCUGGGAAGGCUGAGGAGAUUGAAGGGCACACAUACGAAAAUUUGACAGCAUGCUCGUUUUUCGACCUGCACUGCGCAACUUCAUUCAGCUCGUUGAUUGGAGGUGUUCCCGUGGUCGGAUCUUUCUGAAAUUUGGACAGCUUGUUCGUGACUUCAAGGGAUUCAUUUUGAACGGUCGGAGUGUUCAGCUGAGAUCUGGUUUGGUCAGAAACGCUGCAUGAACAGACCUGCAGUUUUGGGUGAUUUCUACACCUUAUUGUGCUAUUUUCACUACCAAAAAAAAUCGCCAGAGGGUCGGAUUUUGGCACGGAGAGCUUCAUUGAAAUCCCAGACUAGCGCUGUUGGCUCGGAUUUGGCACGGAAACGAAAUCCGUCCCACCUGGCUCGUGCCAAAUGGUUUGGCGCGGCUAAUUGCAUCCGAGCCAAGGCUUGUCGCGGAUUUAGACACGGAAUAAUCCGGGCUAACCUACCUGAUAAUUCACAACCAUUUUGGCUCGGAUUUCAAUAGGCACGGAUAUUGGCUCGUCAUCUACCGGGUCACCCGAAUUUUUACCCGGGUAUUUUGGCACGGAAACUCUCGAGCCAAAUUAUGACACUGCAAUUUAGAUAUUUUGAGAGGAUUCUUGAUACGGCUAACUCCGUGCCAAAUUUUAAUUUAUAAAAAAAAUGUACACCGUACAUAUGUACGGGAUACCGUACAUAUGUACGGUGUACAUUUUUUUAAAAUUAAAAUUGUUAUAAGCAGCAUAACAUUAAAACAGAAGCAUAGACAUACGAACAUCACAAGCAAUAUAGAGCAAAUUAAAAGGCAUAUAUAACAAGAAAAUGUAAAAUUAUUACAGCAGUACAGGCAGAUAAACCACUGCCGAAUAAGAUGUCAAAAUGGCAAACAAAUUGCCAGAAGAUGUCCAGAACAUGCAAUAAAAUUAAAAGUGUUUGUUCAUUACACAAAGAUGUCUUCCAGCCGCACUUCAAGAGUAUCAUUGAGAUUCAUUUGGGUAGAGGUCGGGGUACGAAAAGGCGAGAAAUCUGGCAUCGGGACAUUAGGGUUCAAGCUACGGACUUGUUCCAUGUACGUCGUAAACACGGAAGUCAUCUUCUCCAUCUGGCUUUGCCACUGCUUCUCCUGCUGCACAAAUCAGGCCUCCAGCUGGUCCUUGAUGCGGGAAUCUAUUUCCUGCUGAGUCGGCCCCGAUAUUCUGCUGGAGCAUUCAACGUCUUCCAUCGACUCGGCUUCAGAUCCCGUCCCAAACCGCCUGCCUUUGUACAGCGGGACCACCUUACAGAACAGCUCGGAGUCAUCCUCAUCAUAAGACUUCCCUUGUGAUUCAGCCAGCGCCUUCAUUUCACUAUACUUUUGCUGCACAAACAGAAAAUUAUUGUUAAAAUAUAUUUCUUCUAUAAUAACAUUAUAAUUAAAACAUAUAACAAAAGUAUAGGUUUCUUUACCUUUGUUUCAACAACACGUGGUGGGGGGUCACCCGACUUCGGGACAUACACCUUAUCGAACACUUCGAUCUUCAACGGAGCCCUAUUCAACUGCUUAGUCUACAGAUUUAUAAGUAAAAAAUAUGAUUAAAAGUAAAAACAAUGAUCAUUGAAUUAUAAUUCAAAAUAAUAACAGAAACUUACCAGCCUUUCAACAUGCUUCGUCACCGGUAUCCUGCCACCGCGAUACUGUGAUUCUUUUCCCGCUUUAGAGUUUCGGUUCUUCUUCCCAACUUGGCUCUUCUUCUUAAAAGCAUCAGAGGCCCAAUACUCUUGCAACAACUUCCAAUCUCCGUCACCAAUCCAGUCAGGCUUCUUGUUGUCCCGCCUAGCCCUACCAAUGUUCUUGCUCAACCAUUCAGAGGCCCGAGACUUGAACUUCUUUUUCAUUUUGGUAUUAAAGCAGGCAUCGCACUCAUACUUCCUCUGAAUAAACAAAACAAAAAAAUGAGCAACAUCAGAACUCUCGAACUGUCUACAAUCAAUCUAAAAUGACAGUGCUUACACAAUAAGAACCUAUAACAUACCUGAAACAGUUUCCACCAACGGUUUCGUUGAUCAGCAUCCGCAUUCAUAAAAGAACGCCAUGGACCGUGGAAAUUGUUAGUCAGGAUUGAAAUGAUGUUGUUCAGGACAGUAGGGUUGCUGUAUCAUAAAACCAAACAAAAAUAAUGUAUAUGAAGAAAUAUUCUAUAUACAAUUACAUUAGGCAGUAUUACUAAACCUUCUCAUUUCAAAGGGUGAAAUGAAGGUCUUUGUCUGAACAGAAUCAUUGGGGGUAGCAGAAUCAGAACCAUUUGUAUGUUCAUCAGAAAGGUGUCGGGAUUGGACAGACUCAUGUGAAUCAGCUGGAGGAGAGUUCUGCUCAAGGCGGUUCAUGACUGGGCUCCCUCCACCUCCCCGACCUCCGCGGGAGGAGGUAAAGGAACUGAAUGAACCUCUACGGACAGACAUUCUAUUGAAACACAUAGCAAUUUUAUAAAAACAGACUAGUGAAACAGUUAGGCUAUAACCAAAUGCAUACAAAAUAGAAGUAAAGAUUUAAUAAUAUAAACAGAUUGUUAUACCUCGUGAAACAGUUGAGCAAUUUUAUAAAAACUAAAACAGUUAGGCUAUAAUCAAAUGCAUACAAAAUAGAAGUAAAGAUUUAAUAAUAUAAACAGAUUGUUAUACCUAGUUAUAUAAGGAAGUAAUACACAGAUUGUCAAACUGCCAGAUUAAUUACCAAGUUAAAAUUCCACAUAAUGUAUAUCAGUUUUACAGCUUUCAUAAUUAUAUAAUUGGUUUAACAUUAUUUAUGGUUAAUUUCAGAGUUUGGCACUCAGAGGUAUAUAAGAGUUUGGUAUUUAUAUACUUUGUUAAUAAAAACGAAGUUUAUGAUACUGUAUGGACAAGAUGAUUACAAUACUUCAUAACUACCACCUCGUUUAUAAUACAAAUUUAUAAUAUAUAUAAAUAUCACAUUCAUAUUUAUUCUACUUCGUUCAUAAUAUUAAUUUAUAAACACUUCUUUCAUAUAAAUUUAUAAAUACUUCAUAACAGGCGGCCUUCAUAUUUUUCAGUUUAUUAUAAUAGAUCGCUUCUAAUUAAAAAAAAUAUACAAACAAAAAAUAUAUGAACAAAAAUAUAUAUUACUUUGUUCGUAAUUAUAAAUACAACUGUUAUAAUUUCUAUUGCUAAUAAUACUUCGUUUCAAAAUUAAAAAAAAAAACUCUUUAAUACUAUAGAAAUCAUUUUGUCAUAAAUUUAUAUAGAUGAUAAUAAUUCAUAAAUAGUUUAUAACAAAUCAUUUACAAACUAUUUUUUUUGAAAAUAAUGUUUUAAAAUAACGACUUUAUAUUAAACUUAAAAUAACAAUACGUUUAAAUAAAAUUUAUAUGAAAAUCCGUAAACAAGGAGUACUUAAUGGGACAUGACCUGGAUGCAGAGCGAAGACGAAGGCCGGUGAGGGAGUAACAAACGUCGUCGUGGCCGGAGAUGGCUAGAAACACGACAUGCGGGAGGGGGAGGCGGCUUCCUUAGCGCCAAGCGUCGUCGGUGAAAGCGUCGUGCUGGACGGACUAUGAUGUGGCCGGAGUAUGUGGUGGACUGAGUAAGUGGUGAAGCAGAGUCAGUGGUGACCGGACUUCGUGGUGGGAGAUGGGGGGUAAGUAAAUAGUGGCCGGACUACGUGGUGGAAGUGGAGGGGAAGGAAGGGUAAGUGGUGGCCGGAGUUCGUACUCAGCGGAAGAAGCAGAGGCGGAGAGGGGAGGCUGAACAAAUGGGCUAGGGUUUGGACGAAAUCGGCAAAGGGAAAUUUAUAUACCUCGAUGUUUGGCGCGGCCAUAUCCGUCGCACAAUCAGAGCCACACCCAUUCUAGAUAUUUCGCAUAUGUGGGCGGUGUUGGCGCCGACAUGCGACGGAUAAAUCCGUCCCUAAAGCGCUUCGAAAAUCAAAAAAUCGGUGGGGGUAAAUUAAUUUGAAUUUGAAAAGGCACGGCACUUUCCGUCCCAACUUCAAUGCCAAGGACGUUCUAGAUUAAUCCUGAUUAAUCUUCCCGUUUGGAGACGCUAUGGGUCGGAUAUAUCCGUCCCAAUUGCGCACAAAACAAGAAGAGACCGGCGGGGAUAAUAAAUUUCAAAUUUGAGAAGGACGAGGCACGGAAUUUGCCGUGCCAAACUGAAAAGUCGUCUGAAACUCUGUGCGGUCAGUAAUUAUUAUGUCAGACUGGUUUUGUCUCGGAUUUGGAGGGGAUUUCUCCCUGCCUAUUGCGUAUAUUGCUGAAGAAAUAAGUUUUUGAGACGGAAUUAGCCCAUCCAAAUCCUUGCCAUUUGUUCAGCUUCUAGUAUAAAUAUGGCUUGUUAUAGAAGUGUAAAAAUAGUUAAUAAGUGAGAAAUUAGAAAAAACUUUAUUAUGGAAAAAUCUGAAGGUUCAAGUGAUAAAAAAACAUGGGGAUGUGAUUUUGAUAAGUUGGGGAAAAAAAUUGAUACGAUAGGGGAAAUACUUAAGUUAAUGAAGCCUGUUGAUGAUGCUGCAGCUGAAAAAAUUAAUCAAUUGUGGAAAAGGGGAAGUGAAGUGAAGGCUAAAAGUGAAGAUUCUGAAGUGAAGACUAAAAGUGAAGAUGAUGGUAGGAAGACACUUUGAAGAAUCAAAUAAGUGUAUCAUUUUACUAUGUACUGUUAUUAUCAUUAUCAUGUAUGGUUUGCUUAUGUAAUUUUAUUAUCGUGUAUCGUUUGAGUUUUCAGUAAUUUUAGUCUGUUUUGACUAAAAUUAAUGUAAUAAAAAUGUCCGCUUUUGGCCUAAUAAAA